GAUAAAUAAGGGAGAGAGGAGACUAAUAAACUAAAAAUAAUUCCAAAGCCAUCCAAACAAGGGCACUACGUUAUAGCAUGAGCGCCGAGGAAAGAACGCCAUUUGUCGAAGCACAACGCGAAUCCCUAAAGCUUCUCUCCCCUUAGAACCGCUCUUCACAUCCACAAACCAUACCCUUUUUCUUUCCUCCUCAAUUUCAAUUUCAAUUUCUCCGUUCGAUGACUCGUUAUAUUGUCGUCGUCAUCGUCGUUGUCCUUACCAAUUAACCUCCUGCAAUAUGUGGAGAUCUCCCGCCGUUGCUCAUCUUCUCAAACGGGCGGUAACCGCCGGCCGGCCCAGGCCGGAUCUCCUCAAACCGGCCGGCCGGCUGCACUUGGCCCGGCCCUACUCGUGCGGAUCGGAUGAAAUUGGAACCGGCGGCGACCGGCUGAGCCACGCGGAGGCGAAGAACCUGCUGAGACUGGAGAAUGUGGAGGCGCUGAAGGAGAGGCUGAGAAUGGAGGGCAAAGAGGUCAUUCCCUACGCCGAGCUUCUGCAGACCUGCCAGAGCAGCGGCGUCGCCCGCUCCUCCGAUGAGGCCGCCGCCUUCGCCAGAGUCCUCGACGACGCCGGCGUCGUCAUGCUUUUCCGGGAGAAAGUCUAUCUCCAUCCCGAUAAGGUGGUGGAUCUAGUAAGGCGGGCCGUGCCUUUAGCGCUCCUCCCGGACGAUCCUCGCCAGAGUGAGCUUAGAAAGCUACAAGAGAAGAAAGACGAGAUCGACUUGCAAGCGCACAAGCAAGUGCGCCGCAUACUAUGGGCCGGGCUCGGGCUAUCCAUGGUGCACGUCGGGCUAUUCUUUCGCCUAACAUUUUGGGAAUUCUCGUGGGACGUGAUGGAGCCCAUCGCCUUCUUCACCACCACCGCCGGAAUAGUCGUAGGCUACGCCUACUUCUUGUUCACGGCUCAAGACCCGACCUAUCAAGACCUACUAAAGCGCCUUUUCAUUUCCCGCCAAAGGAAGCUCAUUAAACGCCAAAAAUUUGAUGUUGGUAGGUUUGUCGAGCUUCAAAAGAAGUAUAAACAUCCGGAAUCUACGGCUUCGCUUAAGCGAAGGAUAGGGGUCGAAGUCGACCCCGAGGAUCUUCUCCAUGGCCAUUGAUUAUAUAUAUAUAUAUAUAUAUAGAUGGUAUAAUAAGUUCAAUUAUCUACUAUUCAUUGGAUGCUUGGAAUGUUAGAUUUUGAACACAUUUUGCAGCCUAGUGAAAUUCAUUUCCAUUGUGUCAAAAGGAAUUAGGAAAGAAAUAUGUCGUAAUAUAGUUUUAGUAAUGUGAGAGCAUAUACAACAAAGACCCCUGAGUUGCAUUUUUC